CCAUAGAUAAAAAAAUAUAGGAACUGAAGUGAAGCGUCAAUCAAUUCCGUCAAUUCAGCAGUGUAUUUUUUGUAUUGAUGUCGUGGAAAUGGAAGAUUAGAUAAAAUUAUUACAUUUUACAAUAGCUAGCUAUAUAGUACGCUUAUUACCAUUUAAUCGGUGAUUAUUUUACCUAAGAUAAAUCACCUGUGGAUCUAUAUGUUUUUGUACAAAUAAUAAUUGUACUCUUACGUUACAAGGAUACAGUUACAUUCAGAGUUGAAGCUGAUUGCUUUUUGUUGCAGUAAGUUAAAAUGUAUUGUACUAAAUACGUUCGUGUAAUAUAUCAUUGUAGACCUAUGUGGAUUAGGUUAUAAAAUAUUUCCAUUUGUUUUAGGUUUCAUGAUCAACAAAACAAGCUGACAAAAACAAAAUGAUUAGUCUAAAGAUUUUCAAGCAAUCGACUAUAGUCCACCUGUGUUUUGCAAUUUCUUAUUUUACAUCAGGCUUGAUUUUAAGUUUGAUACAAGCAGUAUUGUACUUUGGACUCAAACCAUUUAAUAAAACAUUAUACAGGAAAAUUAAUUAUUAUCUUGCAUAUUCAUUUUACAGUCAACUAGUAUUUAUGGCAGAAUGGUGGUCUGGCACCACAAUGUCUGUUUAUAUAAAGAAGGAUGAAUAUGAGAAGUUUUAUGGGAAAGAACAUGGUUAUCUUAUUAUGAACCACAGUUACGAAAUAGACUGGCUGAUGGGUUGGCAAUUUUGUGAUGGAAUCCAAGUUCUCGGGAAUUGUAAGGCAUAUGCAAAAAAAUCAAUACAAUAUCUACCACCCAUUGGAUGGAUGUGGAAAUUUUCAGAGUUCGUAUUUUUGGAAAGAUCAUUUGAAAAAGAUAAGGAAACUAUCAAAAAGCAAAUAUCUGAAAUUUGUGAUUAUCCUGAUCCCGUUUGGCUAUUACUGACUCCUGAAGGCACUAGGUACACAGCGAAAAAGCAUGAGGCAUCAUUGAAGUUCGCUAAGGAGAAGAAUCUACCCCUUCUCAAACACCAUUUAACACCACGCACAAGAGGAUUCACAACGAGUUUACAGUUUUUCAGAGGAAAGAUCCCAGCUAUCUAUAACAUACAAUUAGCAUUUGAAAAAGAUGCCAAGACUCCACCGACAUUGACAAGUUUGCUGUAUGGAAAACCAGUACACGCACAUUUACUCAUCCAAAGGAUACCCGUAGAAAGUGUGCCAGAAGAUGAAAAUGAGGCGGCCAAGUGGAUGCACGAUCUAUUUGUUACUAAGGACAAAAUGCAAGACUCAUUCUUGAACACUGGAGAUUUCUUCUUGGAGUCUGGUGUUGAGAGGAUCGAAUCAUUCAGCAUGCACCGUCGUAUAUACUCUUUAAUUAACACUUUGGGCUGGGUCGUCGUUACACUCACACCAAUGCUAUAUUAUCUGCUGGGACUACUUCUCAGUGGCAAACUUCUUUUAUAUACUCCUGCAAAAAUCGAUUGGCAUGUCCAAAAUCAGCCAAGGAUCCUCCUACGGAACCGAAAAAAAGUAAAGUACCUGUCAGUAUUUAACAAAAUAUUGUGUACAAUAUUAUAAUAAUAUAUAACAUUGUUUUUAAAAAAUCUAUGUUUAUUUAUAUAUUGUGUGAAUCAUGUUUAUGUUUGUUAACAAUAUGUUUUUAGGGUAGUGUUAUUGACUAUUAAUUUGUUUUUAUAAAAAGUUAUGAAGAAUAGUAUAUAAGCUAUUCAUAGAAUAUUUGCCAUGGAGUAAUUUUUUAUAACACACAUAAGAAAUUGUUGUUGGCAAAAGUGUUGUUUUGAAAAGUAUUUUUAUAAAAUUAAUGAAUAAACAUUAUAUUGCUCUUAUACAUAAAGAAAUUUUAGUAUAGGGUUUUUUUUUAUAAUUUGGUUCUCAGGUCAUUGAGUAAUUAAUUCUUAACCAAGGAGAUUAUUUUGAAUUAUCGUUUUUUAUGUGUGGACUUAUUGGAAUACGUAACAUUUAUGGGUGGAUUGUGUAACUUCCUUGAAAAUGUCAUGUAUAUUAAUUCUUUUAUAGAAAUUGCGAUACAAAGCACAUGUUUGAAUUUAUAAAUUUAUUCUUUAAAGGACAUUUCCAUUACACAAUGUCAUACCAUGGCUGUAAGUAUAUCAAGCGUAAAAAUAAAUUACAUUAUGAACCGGGCAAAUAUGCUCACUAGACCGAAUUAAACGCGUUCUAUGCCAAGUUACAUUGUAUAAUACUCAUGUAUUGAAUAUGUAUUGCCUGGCACAUUCCUAUUACGGCCAUGGUAUGGUAAGAUGUUGUGAUCAAACAACUUAUACCUAAUUUCCUCUAUUGUGUCAGUAGCUUAAUACAACCUAAAUAUGUUUGGAAUAUUAUGUUUGUCUCUCGUAAGGAUGUUUAAGGUUUAUUUACCAGACUAAUUAUAAGGCUGGUGCCAAAUUUUCUAUAUUAGAUUAUUUCUUUAUUUAUAAGUGAUUUUAUUAACAUUUAAAAAUAUAUUCGUACUUUUCAAUAUAAAUUUGUUUACUAAUGUACAUGGUGAAGUUUUAACUACCUGGGAAAAUUUAUAAAAUAUUAUAGCGUUUGUAUAAAU